AGGACCAGGAAGUAACUCGUCAUUUUGGAGAAAACAAACUGCUCUCUCUCUCUCUCUCUCUCUCUCUCACACACACACACACACACACACACACACACCGAAUAAGGAAGUCACUCCUUUCAGACAAAACAAAACUGAUCUCUCUCUCGGUGGGAUUUCAGGAAAAUGGCUGAGGCCAGUAUUUCAGUAGAUCAGCUUUCUCAGGACCAGUUCAUGUGUCCACUGUGUCUGGAUCUCCGGAAAGAUUCGGUGACUAUCCCCUGUGGUCACAGUUUCUGUAAAGUUUGCAUGAAUGGCUGCUGGGAUCCGAAGGAUCAGAAGGGCGUCUACAGCUGUCCUCAGUGCAGAGACACUUUCACGACAAGGCCUGUUCUACGCAGAAACAAUAUGCUGCCUGAAGUGGUGGAGAAACUGAAGAAGACUGAAUUCCAAUCUACUUCUCCUGCUCACUGUUACGCUGGACCUGGAGAUGUGGAGUGUGAUUUCUGCACCGGGAGAAAACACAAAGCUGUCAAGUCCUGUCUGAUGUGUUUGAUUUCAUUUUGUGAAACUCAUCUGAAACCUCAUCUUGAAGUUCCUGCUUUGAAAAAACACAUAUUAAUUGAAGCCUCAGCAAAACUCCAAGAGAAGAUCUGCUCUGAGCAUAACAAGCUGAUUGAGCUCUACUGUCGUACUGAUCAAACCUGCAUCUGUUAUUUGUGUAUGAUGGAAAAUCACAAAGGUCACGACACCGUCACAGCCGCAGCAGAAAGAGCUGAGAAACAGGCUUUUGUAGAGCUCUCUGAGGUGUGGGUGGAGCACAGAGGACGGCAGGACAAAGCUUCAGGUACGGAUAGGCUUUUUAUUGCCUGACUUUUCAGUAUAACA